GUACCAUAAUAAGGUAGGUACGCUACCAUUAGUGAGGUCACCUCGUUGUCAAAACGGCUUUGUAAUAAAGUUUUACGGUACCGCUAAACCAUUUCGCCCAAAUUCACCCAUCAUUCAUCUUUCAUCUAGUUACAUGUGAAUAUUCUUUCCUUUUCAAACUUUGUUUUUAACCUUUAAAACGUCUAGGCUAGGUGAUCAUCUGUGCACUAAGUUCCGCCGCCACCGACCUUGUUUACAUACAUUUUCUAAACCUUCCAUUACUAUCACCCAUUACUAAGGAGCUAUAGCAUAGUUCGGCGCAUAGUUCAAUCCACAAUUUUAAUCCGUUAGAUUGUACAUAAAAUCCCCUUCCAACUUCCGACAUGUCUUUCCUCGGUGGCGGGCCUGAGUGCUCCACGGCGGGCAACCCUCUCAGCCAGUUCGCAAAACAUACCCAGGAAGACAACAGUCUACAAAGAGAUCGUAUUAGAAAUGGAACUCCUCAGGGUGGCAUGGGCGGCUUUCGUAGUGCCGCACAGCAUGGUCCGCAAGAUGAGAUGAUGAACGGCUUUCUGCAGCAAAAUGGCCAACUACCCGACAUGCCGCUUGAGGGCAUAAAUCAGAUACGAUUAGAUCAUCCCUCGCACGGUGUUCACCUACGAGCGAACUCGACUUCACCAGCAUGGGCGAACGAAUUCCAGCAGAACCCACAGGCAGCGAUGGAAUCCGCGUUCAAGGUUCCCCAGGGUACACAAUUCAGCCCCGAAGAUUAUGCCAAGUUUCAGCAGAUGACAAGUCAAGCGAACUCAUCCCGAGCGAGUCCCAUGCCUUCAGCCAUGCAGUAUCAAAACCCGAUGAUGGGAAUGGGAACGAUGAACGGCAUGGGUAUGGGUAUGGGCUACGGUAUGAGUAGCAUGCCCAUGUACCGUCCUAUGCCGCAGCAGCAGUUCUCGCCAGAAGCAGUUCAAGAUAAAGGGAAAGGAAAGGAAAAGGUAGUGGAACUAGACGAUCAACAAUGGGAGGAGCAAUUCAAGCAACUCGAGCUACAGGAGAAUGAUGUGAAGGAAAAAGAUGAGGCCGCCGCCCUUGAGCCCGAGCUCAAUAAGCUAGACGAGCAGAUUCUAGAGUCGGAAACGAACGAGUUUGGAGACUUCGAGUCUAUCUGGAGAGGCAUCCGAGCAGAGGAGGCGGCCGCUAAGGAAGCUAUCAAUGAGGAAGAGUGGGUUGAGCAGUUAGGGGAUCCUGACUGGGCCGAUCGCUUUGGAGACUGGGGUAUGCCUGGCGCCAAUAGCAGGUUAAUGGGCGACCCUGAAGUAGAGAACUAUCUCUUCGAAGAGGAGAAUCUGUUUAAGGACACCGCAAACCCGUUUGAGGAGGGUAUGCGGAUCGUUGACGAGGGUGGCAAUCUUUCGUUAGCCUCUCUAGCUUUCGAAGCCGCUGUUCAAAAGGAUCCGAAACACGUGGACGCGUGGGUCCAACUCGGUAUGGCUCAGGCGCAAAACGAGAAGGAGACGGCAGCUAUCCGGGCAUUAGAGCAAGCUAAGAACCUCGACCCGAAUAACGCACCCGCACUCAUGACCCUAGCGGUUUCCUAUACGAACGAAGGCUAUGAUAGCAUAGCUUACCGAACCCUAGAGCGAUGGCUAUCCAUCAGAUACCCUUCCGUCAUCUCACCUAGCGACCUCUCCUCCGCGGCCGAUAUAGGCUUCACAGAGCGCCAGCAGCUCCACGACCGGGUUACACAACUCUUCAUCAAGGCCGCACGCCUCAGCCCAGAUGGCGAGCACAUGGAUCCGGACGUGCAAGUAGGUCUAGGCGUGCUAUUCUACGGUGCUGAAGAGUACGACAAAGCCGUGGACUGCUUUUCGGCGGCGUUGGCGUCAUCCGAGCUUGGGGCGUCUAACCGGCAAAACCAGGUGCACCUGUUGUGGAACCGUCUAGGAGCAACGCUGGCCAAUAGCGGCAAGAGCGAGGACGCGAUCGCGGCGUACGAGAAGGCCUUAACGCUGAAACCUAACUUCGUGCGCGCGCGGUACAACCUCGGGGUCAGCUGCAUUAACAUGGGGUGUCACGCGGAGGCGGCCGGCCACUUGCUGGCGGCGCUCAGCAUGCACAAGACGGUGGAGAAGGAGGGCCGAGAAAAGGCCCGCGAACUCUUAGGCGGCGGCGUUAGUGAUGCACAGCUCGACGCAAUGACCACCCAAAACCGAAGUACGAACUUGUACGACACUCUGCGCCGCGUUUUCACGCAGAUGGGCCGCAGGGAUCUUGCCGAGAAGGUUUUACCUGGUGUCGACCCCGAGUCGUUCCGUGGCGAGAUCGACUUUUAAGGAGGUUACUUAUGGUAGAAGGGGUUGUAGGCUGAUAAAUUUCGAGAAUGAGGGGACGAAAUAUGAUGUAAUGAAAAAAAAAAAAAUUUUGGAGGAAAAGGCGGUUAGCGGUAGGGAUAACGAAGUUGCAUGACCUCGCGCGUUCUGGAUGCUAGGAAACGCCGGAGUAUUUUAUAUCGACACCAAGGCCAGAAUAGUUGACUGAGAAGGCUGCUAAGGUUUACAUGACCAGCCACCUACCAAACUAGGCUCUAAUAUUCGCCAAGUGUGGAUUUACAUCAGAAGACAUUCGCUCUCUACGGGAUGUCUAUUACAAACAUGUUGAAAACAGGAUAGGAUAGGAUGGGUAGUUAGUAUAUAUGUUAAGCUCGUAAAUUUUAUGACAUGACUACGUUAUGGUUACUAUCUAACUAUUGAGGCUUCUCAAAGACUCCUGGGUUCGCUUUGGUGACGGUCUUACAUACAUGUCGAGUAACGGCGAG